AUGACCAAUUAUUUGACGUGGAUCUCGAUUGCGCUGUUAGCUUCUGAGGUUCAGGCAAGCAGACUGUCCGACUUCCUGAAGGAGUUGUCUCCAGGGUCUUACUCGAACCAAACCUCUGUGGCCGUUACGUCCGCCACGGAACAUUCGGGAAGCUCUUCAUCCCAGACUCCGUCCCAAACGUCUUCCCAAGCUUCAUUCCUUUCUGAGCUAUUGAGUAGUGCCACCUCUUCUGAGGUAGAGCUCAGCUCCACAACUAGGAGCACUGAGCCAAGCACCAGUUCCCUCGACCCUCGCGCUUCCUUCACUUCGAGCUACGGCGCAGAAUCGGAAAGUUCGUCUAUCUGGCAGACAACUUCCUCUAUUCCCUCGACAUCAUCCUCGAACCCAGUCGCACAUUGGUGGCGAACCUCGGCGGAGCCUUCUUCUGAAUCUUCAUCCUCCAAGAGCUCUCCCACUUUGAUAAUAUUAUCCAGUUCUUCCACCAACGCUCCUACCACUACGUCUACUUCUGAAAGUGGUAGCACUGCUUCCCCCUGGAGUGCUGCUCUGGAGUCGAAGUAUUCAUCAACUUCAGAUCUUGAUGCCUCUACUUCCACUUUCGCUUCUGCCUCCUCAACUUCUACCACUCCCGCCUUUUCCAAGUCUAGCUCUAGCACUCGCUCGUCACUUUCUGUAUCCACAUCUUCACUGGGCAUUCAAUCGUUUUCCGAGGAGUCUUCAACUGCGCUGACACCAACGUCAUCGAACUCAGAAGUGCCUACUGCAACCUCUGCGCUCUUUACUUCUUCUGCCUCUAGCACGUCCACGUCGUCGGAAUCCUUCGAUUGGCUGCCUAGAUCGUCGUCAAGCUUUUCCUCUAGUAGCUUGAUUUCGUCUACUUCCUCUUCUUCCACUUCCGACAAAGGCUCAAUCGCUACAUCCGCAGAAACGCCAUCCACAUCGACUUCUUCUGGCACGCUAGAUGACCAGUCGUCGUCGUCUUUCACUGAACGGCUCUCAUUGACAAGCUCAGAGCCGUCUUCGAGCACGAGCUUUUCUACAUCAAAUGCUCAAACUACGCCUACCGGUACGACUUCAUAUUUGACUGGAACGACGGAUGGGAGCACUGAAUACUCAUCAGAGAUGUUUCAGAUCACGCAAUCUUCUACCGAGGCGGCAACAAGUGCUACGGCUACAGGGUCCUCGAGAGUAUCGGGCUCUUUUGCAACAGCGGUACACUCGGCCCAACUUUCCUCAAUAUCAAUUUUGCCCUCAAGCUCCUCUGGUGCUACACUGUCAUUAGCUCCAUCAUUUGAACCAGUUUCAAGCGAUGGAACCUCAACGUCAUCUGUAUUGCAAAACUCAGGGACGACCACUUCUACCCCCAUGAGCUCUUUCGGCCAAUCUAGCGCAUCACAGACUUUGGCUUCUUCAUCCUCUUCCGUCACAAUACCCCAAUCGUCGCUUUCAGUGUCCUCGGAAUUGAGUGAAGCGACCACGAAUGUGCUUGAUCAAACUCAGGCUUCCUCAGGAUACUCGUCCGUUCUCCUCUCCUCCACGGCAAGUUCGUUGAGUGGGGUAUUUGUUGCAACUACAUCUUCAAACUCUCCCUCCUCUACUCUUCCUUCCCACACUUCCACUCCCGCCACUCAAUACCCAUCGAGUUCAGGUGCUAUUGAAAGUACAAUUAGUUCCGUCUUCUCAACCCCAGGACCUAAUCAGUGGUCCGAGUCUGUCACUUCCACUUUUGAAUACCCCUCGAGCGCACAAACCAGCGCCUCUAUAAGUGAACCCUCUGAUUCCAAAUCCUCAUAUCAAUCGAUCACGGAAGCUUCUUCCGAAACUUCAACUUUAAGUUCAGGAGAUCUGUUAAGUCAGACAGCUGGUUCAAGUCAAUCCACUUUUGAGGUGAGCUCAUCUGCCAGUGAGAGUGUUGAAGGAAGCACAGUUUCUAGCUCUGUUCAGUCGAGCUCUCAGGUAAUCGAAACUUCUAGCUCGCCUAUUCCUUCGUGGUUUGUGGGGCCCUCGUCAUCACUUGUUAGUUCCUCUUCUACAUCCCAAGUGCUUUCAGAUUCUACAACUAGUGCCUCGUCUCAAUCUGGAGGAAGUUUGGUUUCUUCAGACUCUACCAUUGCCUCGGAAGCUUUAUCAACGUUUCAACCAGUCUCUACUAGCGCGGUAUCGAUUUCUCAGACGUCUUCCACGUCGAGCCCUGGCGUCCUCGUUGAACCUACUUCUCAAUCGUCACUGGUAAAAACUGAAUCUUCGUCACAAAGCUUGCUAAUCAGCAGCUCGCCAACACAGCUUUCAUCGAGUGCUACUGCAGUCCUUACGUUGAGCUCCUCGCCUUCAAAAACGUCUACCUCGGGGUUUUUGACUUCCACUGGUGAGGUCCCUUCGAUUUCAGCCUCAUCGACUUCCUAUGCACAGCCCUUCAGCUCCUCGUCAUCCAGUGGCACUUCGCAACAAAUGUCGUCGGCUAGUCAGUCGAAAAGCACUGUGUCUGUAUCAUCUCUGAGAUCGUUAUCUUCCACCGUGGGCAUCUCUUCAAUUGCUACAUCGGCGAGUUCCUCUCAAAGUUCUUCGCAACAGUCAUCCUCCACUGGUCUGUCUGAGGCAUCUGUGUCCACGUCGAACUGGAAUGGCAAUACGGUUUCGAGUAUUGAUGGCAUUGCCUCAUCGACAUCUUCGAUAGGCUCUCCUUCUACGUCUGAAUCUUCCGCUAUAACGACUGUAUUGUCGCCAGUGAUGACCUCCACUGGUGUACCUGUGGCUUCUGAAUCUUAUGCACCAUCAUUCUCAAGCGCUCCCUCCCCUUCCAGUUCUGCUGAGGUACCAAGCACAACCUCUAAUUGGCUUCCAACUGCUAUGAUAACAGCUGCUUCUUCUACUGAAUCAGCAGCCGCCAUCAACAGCGGUACCUCGAGUAGCUCUCAGCAAGGCACCCAAACUCUCCCUCAAGCCAUUGGUGCCCCUACAGAGGUUAGUCAACCUCAAGGUUACAGUUUAAUCACAGUUGGAUUCAAGCAGGUUUUGAAUUAUCCAUUCGUUGUGUCAAAUCCUGUUACUAGCGCUCAAAUUUUUGCAUACCUCCCUGACGCCCUAAAUGAGCCCUUUGGGUUUUCAUCCUCUGAAAUUGAAGUGUUGAAGUUGGUCCCACUGCAAGUUAGCAAUAGGGACUACCUCAUCACUGUUGCAGAGGUUUACUUCCCAACAGAUCAAGUGGCUGAUCUACAAAAAUUGAUUCAGAAUGGAGAGAGUAAGUUUUACAACAUGAGCGGAAACAAGUUAGCCUCUUUCAUUGAUGCUACUGUUCCCUUGACGGGCUUAGUCAGUGCGAGCUCGAGCGCUUCUGGUUCCAGCGAAAACUCUGGGUCGUCUUCUAGUAGCAGCAGCGACUCUUCUGAUGCUCAAACUGGUGAGAAAAGUGGAUUAAGUAGCGCAGGAACCCUCGGGUCUUCCAGUUAUUACUCCUCUAGUCUUGGCACCAAAGGCUUCAAUAGCAAGAAAAAAAUGAUUGGGCUUAUCGUUGGCGUUGCCUGCGGAGCAUUGGUCUACAUCGCGCUUAUGGCCCUAGCUAUCAGGUAUGUUGUAAAAAAGAAUCAAAUAAGACAGAGCAUGCCUGACUUAGAGGAAACAUCGAGCUUUGACUCAGGAUCUAAUUCUGGAAUAUACGGCUUUGAUGUCGAGAAGGACUUUGGCAAUCGGGCCUCCAUUACUCCCAGUAUGAAGAUCAACGAUUGGAUGAACCAAAACCACUACGGAGAUGGGCCUGAUUCCACUCAAAACAGUGCUGCCGCAGAGCAAGGUGUUGCGAAUGGUUUGAAAAUUUCAAGACCAAUUGCCACCGAAAAUUCGUUAGGCUGGAACGACGUUUAA